AUGAUAAGCAUUUUCAAGGCCAACAGAUAUGAAAGCACAAAUAUUCCUCCACUAGGCAUCUCCAGUAGAAAGUACAGAAGUCUGGUGCUGGAGCUGGUCUUCUCCUACCUGGAGCUGCGGGAGCUGAGGAGCUGCGCGCUGGUCUGUAAGCUGUGGCACCGCGUCCUGCACGGCGACGAGAACAGCGAGGUGUGGCGCAGCUUGGCGGCCCGCUGCCUGGCGGAGGAGGCCCUGCGCACCGACAUCCUCUGUAACGUGCCCACCUACAAGGGCAAGGUCCGUGCCUUCCACCACGCCUUCAGCACCAACGACUGCUCACGGAAUGUCUACAUCAAGAAGAACGGCUUCACGCUGCACCGCAACCCCAUCGCCCAGAGCACAGACGGGGCGCGGACCAAGAUCGGCUUCAGCGAGGGCCGCCAUGCCUGGGAGGUGUGGUGGGAGGGCCCGCUGGGCACCGUGGCCGUCAUCGGCAUCGCCACGAAGCGGGCGGCCAUGCAGUGCCAGGGUUACGUGGCCUUGCUGGGGAGCGAUGACCAGAGUUGGGGCUGGAACCUGGUGGACAAUAACUUGCUGCAUAAUGGGGAGGUGAACGGCAGUUUCCCCCAGUGCAAUAAUGCGCCCAAAUACCAGAUAGGUGAAAGGAUUCGAGUUAUCCUGGACAUGGAAGACAAAACAUUAGCAUUUGAGAGGGGCUAUGAGUUCUUGGGAGUUGCCUUCAGAGGACUGCCAAAAGUUUGCCUGUAUCCAGCAGUGUCUGCUGUGUACGGUAACACAGAAGUGACUUUGGUCUACCUGGGAAAACCUCUGGAUGGAUGAUGUGGAUUGUUUCCUUGGGACAUCGAGAUGUGGAUGACUGGGAGGAGAAAUCUGCAUGUUGGUUAGAGGGAAACGUGUAUUAGAGGAAAAACAAAAAAGUGUGGGUGUGUGUCCAAGAACCAUCGAGGGAGUCACACGGAGUUUUGAAAUGGAGGACCAGCCAUACUUCAGGAAUUGUGUUACAUUUCCUCUUUCUACCAGGCCAGAAAAAUCCUCAGGGUUGCAGUUGGUUGAGUGGGAAGCUGACACAUGCAUGUUGCAACAGAUUUCAUUGCUAAGAUGGCAGUGUGUGACCUCAAAUAUUUAAGAAAGGAUUUGAUACAAAACUGCUUGAAAUUAACCUGAGAUUUAUAAGUAGCGUGUUUUGUGAAAGACUCCCAUUUUAAAACUGCUUGUUCCUUCCCUUCCCUCCUUUGGGCCAACACGGGUACCGGAGGAGAGCGAGUCUGGUUGGGUUUUAUUUACAAUUUUUAACAUACAGAGAAGCAUGGUCUGUC